AUGGCGCGUAUUAUUCUACGCUGGAGACGAGAGCUCAACAAUCCGUCGUCCGAGACUCUACUCGGUACACGACGUCAACUCAAGGACUGUAUGAGCCACCUGCAAGAGAUCAAGAGGGACCGAGUCCGCGGGGGAGCCUUCGUGGAAAUGCUCAAUCUGCUCAAGCAGUUCCUCACCGCGGCUCAGCUCGAAGGCGUUAGCGACCUCGACAUCUUGGAGAUUUUCGGCAUCAUGUGCGUGAACACGAUUCAUAUCAGCAACGACGACGACUCGUUCGGCUGCGCGCUGUACCUUGCGCCUUCCCUCAUCGACCACUCGUGUUAUCCAAACCUCACCGCAACUUUCAAGGGGCAGAAAAUCGUGCUCAAAGUACUUCGACCGUGCGAACCGAAAACCGUCGCCGAUCUUUCUCUUGCCUACAUGCCGGUCUGCACCACCAAGGAACGCAGACGGAAAACACUGCGGGAAGAGUACUACUUCACCUGCGAAUGCGAAAUGUGCUCCGGGAAAGUGCCUGAGGUUUUGAGCGAAGCCGAUCCGAAACUCACCGAUGAAGUACUCGAGCUCGAGAAACUAAGCCUCGAUCUUUCGAGCCCCGAGAACCACCGGAAGGCGUUGAAGGGCGUCGAGGAGCUUCUGUCGACCAAACUCAAAGAUCUCGAUGAUUCGGACGUUGCCAAAUUCCGAGCGAUCCUAGUAGCGGCGGACGCUUCAGUUUGCGCUUCUUCUUACGACCGCGCUUACAACUACUACAGUCGGAGUCUCCCAGUUAUGAAACGAGUUUUCACCGAAAAUAAAGCGGAAUACGCGUAUAAACUCGUUCGCCUGGCUCGACUCUCGACAAUUGUAGUGAAAACCUCUCAAGAUCCCGAAGUUUUCGGGCCGCUCAUCGCGCUCCUCCAGGAGGCCGUUCGUGUGACGAGGAUUGCUCUCGGCGAAGAUCAUUCCGAUACUAAGGACGUGGCUCUCCUCUAUGAGGAACUCAGGGCGUGGUGGUGGUUACGACAACGAGCCGAGCGACAAUCAGCCGGCGGCGAUGAGUAA